GUUAAUUACAGAAAAGAGGCAUAAUUAUGAUAAGACGGGAGGUCCGAUUGUGCAGUGGAAUAGAUGAUGUGCAAAUGCCAGGGCUAUAUAAUAGCAAAUUCCCAUUUCCCAGCUGCAAGCCCUGAUUAGGCCUUGAUUCUAAGCACCAGUCCUCCACUCAGCGGGGUGCUAUUCACAGCGACGCCCGCAACUGAGAAACUCAUUCAACAUCUCUAGUUGGGAACUUCUAAGUCGAAUAAAACUGGAUCAACUCUCAAAGUACAACAUCAUCAUUCACAGCACUCCCUUUCUCCUGAAAUGUCCGACGACGAGGUAGAUCUCGAGCUCCUCGCCAUUCUGCGGCAGCAUCUCCAAGGCGUCUCCAUCAAAGACGAAGAGCCCGAAACAGGCGUCCUAGCUGAUGCCGAAUAUGUCUACGACCAUGGAAUCGACGUAGCCAUUGACAUGCGCUCAACAAAGCGUGCCGCAGAGACCAUUUAUGCCCAGAUGCAAGAGAAGAGCUAUUCUACUUCCACCUGGUCAUCACACGAGCUGCACCCCAAGGCCAAGGAUGAAGCCACGGCCGCUUUCAUCUUCACCAUGGACCUGCUCAACUUUUCGUUCUGGUCUGAGCUGCCUGACGACGAGAGAUUUGCUAUUGAGUACAAGGGGAAGAGAUGGACGGGUUACUGGAGUCUUGUAGCCGCAAUUCAGAGAGCCCUUGAAGAAGAUAUCCCCAUUACGGAUCCUCACUACUGGCAAAAUGAGGAUGAGUGUAACUUGGAAUCACUGAGACACGUAUUCAGAUCCUGCACAGAGGAAGAAAUGCCUCUGCUUCAGGAGCGUCUUGACUGCCUUAGAGAGAGCGGGAAUGUGCUUUAUAACAAAUACGAAUGCUCCGUCGUUAAUCUCAUUUCCGCCGCCAAGGGCUCCGCGGCCCAGCUCGUCAAUAUCCUCGCCCGGGACUUUGACUGCUUCAGAGACGAGCACCCAUUCGAAGGCAGAAAAGCCCCUGUCCGCAUCAUGAAACGUGCCCAAAUCUUCGUUGCAGACAUAUGGGCCUGUUUUGAGGGCAAGUCAUAUGGCGAGUUUCGUGAUAUUGACAAGAUCACCAUGUUUGCCGAUUAUCGUGUGCCACAGAUUCUGUCUACCUUGGGCGCCUUGUAUAUCGGUCCACAGAUUGACGCGGCCAUUCGCGACAAGAAGCUUAUUGAAAGCGGGAGCCGGUGGGAGAUACAGCUAAGAGCUUGCAGUAUCUGGUGCGUUGAGUUAAUACGGAGAGAGAUUCAGAGUGCGCACCCAGAUACCCAUGUUAAUGCUAUUUUGAUCGACUUUUUCCUUUACGAUACAAUGAAGGAAAUGGAAGCAGCAGGAAAGGAAUCUAUUCCCCACCACCGAACGCGAAGCAUCUGGUAUUAAUGUUGUAUCGUGGCUUGGGUUAGGUGUUGGUCAACAGCACCUUGUAUGAAUAAAGCCAAACGCGGCAUACCAUAUCAUAGAAUUAACGUUUACAUAUCCGUGUACAUCUGCAAAGAUAAAACUAUCUACCUACAGUAGUAUGCAGCUAUCAUACCCUCCAUAACGCAAAACAAAUGAAGAAGAAAAGAAAAAAGAAAAGAAAAAAGGCCAGUAAAGCAUCAUCUGUUGCACCCAACGCCGCCACCCGACAUUCGAAAAUUAAUACCUCCUCGUACUUUCAUCCUAUGUGAACAGGGCCGUAGCAUUCAUUAUCCGAUCCAUGUGGGCGGUUUCCACCUCAUCGUUGUUCCUAUUUUCCUCUUUUACAAGCACUGCCAAAACUUCAAUCGGAGGAUUCAGACCCAGUCGCUCAGCCCGCUGCCACCUCUUCAAGCGAGUCGUUCCAAUACAAGGUCCGUACUGCGAGCUCACGUCAAAGUAUCUAAGCACUUUCUCGCCCAAGUCGAGAUCUUGCUGGUGGACUCGAGGUGCCUUGCGCUGCUUCUCAAUCCCUUUCCAGUAUGAUUUGAUCUGGGUAUCAGUAAUCUUUUCAGCUUUCAACUCGGCCUCUGAUUUCUCUGCAACUUGUUCAACAAUCUCUUCCACUUCCUCCUCUUGCUCUGGUUCAACAACCUUUGGUUCUUCUGCAGCGACAUUAACGGCUUCCUCUUCUUCUUUGCGAACUUCGUCUUUGGCCGCUGGCCGCUCGGGGAUGGUAGUUCUAGCAAUCGUAGGCGCAUCUACUGCCGCCUUCUUCAAAUCCUUGGGCACGGCCUUUGUAACCUUGCCCGAGAAGCUGAUUGUCGACUGUCCCUUGGCAGGACCAGGGCGGCCCCGGGCGCUGGCCGCCGAUCGUCUUGUUGUAGGCAUUGCUGGACAAAGAUACCUUGUAACGCUGUUUUGUUAAGGAUACCGAGUAGUCGAGUAUGACGCAGUAAUUGAUCUGCUGAUAUAUAGGCCGAACAAUUGGCUUGUGCGAGCCAAUGCGUCUUGUUUAUAUGCUGUAGACCGUUAACGGCUGGCUGUAUAAAUGCGAUCAAUGAUGCAGGAACACAC